AUCAACUGCCUCGGAAGACUGAUAAGAUUCAAUCUCACUUCGGAUUUUGACAUCGACAUGUUAUAUUGUUCGACAUCUCCAUGCGGUUUUACUUGUCUCCCUUCGGAGAAACUAGGCGGAGAAGUGACCAAACCAAAGUAAUAUUGGAUGGAAAGAAAAAUAGGGAGGUCGGAUUCAUGCCAGUGUCCUUUAACCUCUCGAUAGUUCCUGCUCAUUGCCGCCUAAUCUCCAAUAUCGGUUGAUCUCACGAUGGCAUCAUUCUCAAGUCUUCGAUAUCCUGCACGUUUUGGACCUAGCAACCUAGGAGUACUCUGGAUUGUAAUCCUCUACGGUGUUCCUCUGACGAAUGUCGCCGUGCAUCUCGCAUGGCUGCUGGCCCUCCAUCCUGUUUUCUCUUCGCUGCCGAUCAAUCGGAGGCGCCUGUCCGACUUCUUGCGUCGAUAUUUCAUGCUCAGCCCAAGCGACCCUCGCCUGCUCACCCUUUUCACCUCAUCCUUUAGUCACAUUCAACCACUGCAUCUUUUCGUCAACAUAGCAACAUACAAGACCUAUGUGGAAUCCUUUUAUCUGCUAGGAAUCUCGCCUAUACGAUUUGUUCUCCUCGCAAUGGGCAGCGGUCUUGCCGCGAGUUAUGCCCACAUAUACAAUGCCAGGCACCGGUGCGGGGCUAAGAACAUCGUGGAAAGAACCGCUGUAGGGGCCAGCGGCGUACUGACCGGCCUUGGCACAGCGCUGGCGUGCAUGUUUCCCACGCUAAAGGUUCACCUCUCUGGAGCGAACCAGAUGCUGCCGCUGCGCGUCGUCGUCCUAGGCAUGUUCGCCGUGGAUGCCUACUGCUUGAGUACCGACAGAGAAACCGGAGUAGGACACGCUGGACACAUUGGUGGUGCCCUCUUUGGUAUGACAUACUUCCUGUGGAGGAAAGCUACGGGAGCUCGGAAUUUAUGAAGCUAUUAACAACCCGAUAAGGAGAAGCCAUGGGGAACAACCCAAACCGAGAUCAACUCUGGCUGUCCAAGGUAUCUACAAGAACAGAAUAUCCUCAUCCAUAAAAGCCCGAAGGAGACGAAAAAAAGCCUAACCCAAAUGUCCGACACAAAAACCGAAAAAACGCCACACUACCGCGAAAAGGAGAGACUGUACGCUCUCGUGCACAUAUCAACAUUCGCAUUCACCUCCAUCCCGGCCUUGGCCACUAUCUUGUUGGCCUACCACAACUCUUCGCUAUUGACCAUGGGCUUCGCAUUCGAUCUGGUGCUGUGGCGAUCCGGAUUCGCCGACUGCUUCGUCUUGUGGAAGGUUGGGCUCAGCUUGUGUGUUGAGG